GGAAGUGAACAGAACAAAUCGGAAAAAAAAUUAAAAGCCAAAAAAUAAACAUGAAUCCCCUAACGCGAAAGCGUUUACUACCUUUGGAUGAGGAAUCUCAGCAUAUCGGUCCGACAAAUCGAUGUGGGAGCAACUGCAUCAAAAAGAAGUUAACAAAAUUGUCCCUCCAAAGUAUUCCAGGCGUCGAUAGCAUUUCGCAGAAGCGAUCGUUUCCUUGGGAGGACAACUCGCUUGAUAUAUUUCCCGCAAAGCGAUUACGAAAUCUUAUCAUAAAAAAGAAUUUGACUAUAAUUAGCGAACAAGAUGUCCCGAAAGAGUUAUUGAUGGGAUUGCCAGUAUUACAUGAUAGUGACUUUAGUGAUUCGGAGGAAUGUCGCCCAAAAUCGGAGAAACAGAUGGUCAAACCAGAAACUGAAGAUGACCGAAAUCUGUUUACCUAUCAGCAAUUGAAAUCAAUGUGCUGGGAAAUGAUGAAACAAUGCGAGGAUCGGGUAGUGCUGGAAUAUGAAAUAGCAUUGACUCAAAAAAUGGCAGAGCAGUAUGAUACAUUUAUCAAGUUCAACCACGACCAAUUGCAGCGAGAAUGUGAACAUGGGGCUAGUUAUUUGUCUUAGUCAAGACAGUUUGUUGUGUUACUGUUUACUAAUUUGUUUUAAAAAUUGUUUACGUG